AUGCUUUUGGAUUGUGAUCUGAUGGUAAAUUCUUUGAAGUAUAGUUGGUCUCCUGAACUUGAAGUCGAAAGCAUCCCAUUUGACGCAGAGCUUGAGUUUCAAUCUCCGAAGCCGGCUGUGCCACUACAGCUCGAGCUGUACCCCAUAGAAGCCACACGGCCACCCAAUACAGACACUCUGCGAGCUAAAGGAUUUAGCUGUAAGGGGGAUGAUGCUAAGCACGAACACUACGAGCCUGUUGUCUUAGAUGCAAAACAGAAGAAUAAAGAAGGUGACGCACAUCAUUCACCAAGAAAGACGAAUGUGACAUAUUACAAUAAAAACUACCAAAAAGAGUUAGAUGGUCGCUCCUUCAAGUCUUAUCCUUUCGACUUCACAAGUGCCAGAAUUGUAAGGAAAAAUCUUUAUAAUAUUGAACAGAAUCCGUCUAAAUUACUGGUUCCUUUGCAGCUUGAAUUGAACAAUCUGGAUUAUUACGCCCUUACACAGUCUGCACCAUUUACUUUGGCAGAAGAAAUGCAAGGCAGAAGAUUUUUGAUAGUUUCAAAAUCCGAAGACCAGAAUAAAAUCUCCCUGACGUUUUCUAUUGGCGACGCAAAUCCGGAAUCUUCCUGUAAUGAGGGCCAGCUCAUCAUCUCUCUUCUUGCUAGACAGGUGAAUGUUGCAACUUUCGAAAACUGGGAUCUGAAUCGUUACAAUCACGAUGAAUCCAACGACACGUGGUGUGAGAAGUACUUCAUAACGCUGGUUGAAUUCCUCAAGAUUAUGGAAUUUUCCAUCGGCGAUAAGUUCGCUAUCAAAGGUAGCGAUAAAAAUGAUGGAAAUAAGGAGGGAUUUGAUGCCUAUGAGAAAAAAAGAAUAAGAUCUAAUAUUAGAGAGUUUUUGACUGGGAAAACAUUGUCAUCAAGUCUGCCACAGCAUAUUCUGGAUCCAAUGUUGCCCUCUCAGAAAGAUUUCGUAUUUGGAAUGUAUCGGCAAAUCAAUCAGUAUAGUUUCAGAAGGCCCGCAUUCUCUUACAAAACGGUCGCAUUGAUGAAGCUUGAGGAUGUAGAAAAAGCCAUUGCAAAAUGUACACAGUUUUUGAGCUUCGAAGUUUCUCUAGAAUAG